AUGUGGAUCAAGGACUACCUGUAUCUUGAUCUGAAUUUUGCAUUCUGUCAUUCUCUUUUUAAAACAGAAACACCAAAGCACAACACAGAACCAUAUGCCUUAACCAUCCCAGUAAGGAGCAGCGCAGAUGGAAGUUACAUCUCCAACGUUGUUUCUGCAAGGCACUCCAGAAGAUUUGUAAGGGAUGUUUUACCAAGCCCCAAGGAACUAUACUUUAAUGUAUCUGCCCUUGGGAGAGAAUUCCACCUGAGACUCAGGCCUAACACUCGUCUAAUAGCACCAGGGGCAGUGGUGGAGUGGUAUGAAGACUCUCCAGCCAUCAACAAUGAAACGGAAGGUGUCAACCAGGAUCAAGGCAAGGGAGUCACAGAGGGGCUAUGGAAAAAGGAAUCACUAUGGACCAGCUGUGCUUACGUUGGAGAUCUGGUGGAUAUCGCAGGAGCUUCAGUCGCGAUGAGCAACUGUGAUGGCCUGGCUGGAAUGAUCAAGGUUGGUGAAGAUGAGUAUUUCAUUGAGCCACUGGAGAAAGGGAAACAAAGGGAAGAAGAGAAAGGAAGGCUUCACAUGGUUUAUAGGAGGUCAGCAAUUGCACAGAGUUCAGCAGACACUCUCCCUGAUUUCCAAAGUAAAGAAUCUGAUCUACACGGCCUGGAGUCCACUUACGCAAGAAUAGAGCAGCAGCUGAAUGAAACGCUGAGACAACGCAGACACGCCGGGGAAAAUGACUACAAUAUUGAAGUUCUUCUUGGAGUGGAUGAUUCUGUGGUCCGAUUCCAUGGCAAAGAACAUGUGCAGAACUAUCUUCUCACCCUUAUGAAUAUUGUGAAUGAAAUUUAUCAUGAUGAAUCCCUGGGUAUCCACAUAAAUGUUGUGCUGGUUCGUAUGAUGAUGUUGGGUUAUGCCAAGUCCAUCAGCCUGAUUGAACGAGGAAACCCGUCAAGAAGCCUGGAGAACGUGUGUCGUUGGGCAUAUCAGCAACAGAAAACAGACCCCAGUCAUUCAGAACAUCACGAUCAUGCUAUCUUUCUAACCAGACAAGAUUUUGGACCAGCUGGAAUGCAAGGAUAUGCUCCCGUCACAGGCAUGUGUCACCCAGUGAGAAGCUGCACUCUUAAUCAUGAAGAUGGAUUUUCUUCAGCUUUUGUGGUUGCCCAUGAAACUGGCCAUGUGCUAGGGAUGGAGCACGAUGGACAAGGGAACCGAUGUGGAGAUGAGACAGCGAUGGGAAGUGUCAUGGCUCCAUUGGUGCAAGCAGCUUUCCACCGAUACCACUGGUCCCGUUGUAGUGGCCAGGAACUCAAAAGAUACAUACAUUCUUAUGACUGUCUCCUUGAUGAUCCUUUUGAACAUAAUUGGCCCAAACUUCCUGAGUUGCCAGGGGUAAAUUAUUCCAUGGAUGAGCAAUGUCGCUUUGAUUUUGGAGUGGGCUACAAAAUGUGCACUGCGUUUCGAACGUUUGACCCAUGUAAACAGUUGUGGUGCAGUCAUCCAGACAACCCCUAUUUCUGCAAGACUAAGAAGGGCCCUCCACUUGAUGGGACAGAAUGUGCCCCUAGUAAAUGGUGCUAUAAAGGUCACUGCAUGUGGAAGAACACUAACCAGUUGAAACAAGAUGGCAGCUGGGGAGCUUGGACAAAAUUUGGCUCCUGCUCGAGGACCUGUGGAACCGGUGUACGCUUCAGAACGAGACAGUGCAACAAUCCCAUGCCUAUUAAUGGGGGUCAAGACUGUGCCGGUAUCAACUUUGAGUAUCAGCUGUGCAACAUGGAUGAAUGUCCAAAGCUUUAUGAAGAUUUCCGAGCCCAGCAGUGUCAACAACGUAACUCCCAUUUCGAAUAUCAAAACAGUAAACACCACUGGCUUCCAUAUGAGCAUCCAGAUGCCACCAAGAGAUGUCAACUUUACUGCCAGUCCAAAGAGACAGGUGAUAUUGCUUAUAUGAAACAACUAACCCACGAUGGGACUCGCUGUUCAUACAAGGACCCCUUUAGUAUCUGUGUCCAUGGAGAGUGUGUGAAAGUUGGGUGCGACAAAGAGAUUGGGUCCAACAAAGCUGAAGACAAGUGCGGAGUGUGUGGGGGAGAUAACUCGCACUGCCGGACAGUGAAAGGGACUUUCACUAGAAUCCCUAAGAAGUCUGGGUACCUUAAGAUGUUUGACAUCCCAGCGGGUGCUAGACAUGUGGCUGUCCAAGAAGAUGAGGCUUCCCCUCACAUUCUUGCCAUUAAGAACCAGGCAACUGGCCACUAUAUUCUAAAUGGCAAAGGAGAAAGAUCCAGCUCUCGUUCCUUCAUUGACUUUGGCUUAGAAUGGGAAUACCACACAGAAGAUGAUGUAGAAACCCUUCAGACAGAUGGGCCACUGCAUGAUGCCAUUCUUGUUCUGGUCAUUCCUCAAGACAACAAUACCCAAUCCAGCCUUACUUACCGAUACAUAAUUCAUGAAGAUUCUGUGCCCAAUGUUAGCAGUAACAAUGUCCUUCAAGAGGAACUGGACACUUUUGAGUGGGCUUUGAAGAGUUGGUCCCAGUGUUCCAAACUCUGUGGAGGAGGUUUCCAAUACACCAAGUAUGGGUGCCGCAGGAAAAGUGAUAACAAAAUGGUAUACCGCAGCUUCUGUGAAGCCAGUAAAAAGCCUAAACCCAUUCGUAGGAUGUGCAAUCUUCAGGAAUGCACUCAGCCAUUCUGGGUAGCAGAAGAAUGGGAGCACUGCACCAAAACCUGUGGGACUUCUGGUUAUCAGAUCCGAAGUGUACGUUGCAUUCAGCCACUUCACGAUGGUGCAAAUCGCUCUGUUCAUUUUAAGUACUGCAGUGGAGAUCGUCCUGAGAGUCGUAGGCCUUGUAAUAGAACACCAUGUCCUGCUCAGUGGAAAACAUGGCCGUGGAGUUCAUGCUCGGUAACCUGUGGUGAAGGAACAGAAUCCAGGCAGGUGUCAUGCCGCACGGGUGACCAAUGUGAUGGAGAAAAGCCAGAAUCCAUUAGGGUUUGCAGACUUGCACCCUGCAAUGAUGAGCCUUGCCUGGGUGACAAAUCUAUCUUCUGCCAGAUGGAAGUGCUUGCCCGAUACUGCUCCAUCCCAGGCUAUAAAAAGUUAUGCUGUGAAUCCUGUAGCAAACGUAGCAGCCACCUUCCCCCUCCUUUCUUUAGUGAAGCUGCAGAAACUGAAGAGGAUUUCAUAGCCAGCCCUGCUGACCUCCCCAGGGCUUUGGUUACUCCAACUUCUUUAGUCCCUCCCCGCUACGAGCGACAAAGUGCUUUGGGCAGAAUGUCCUUGGCAGAAGACGAUACACAAGCCUUUCUUCCUCACAUCUACAGGAGGGCCCAAGCUGCUAAUCCAUCCCAUUGGAGAUUUCAGAAUCAAGCUAGUAACAAGACGUCUGGGCCAGCUGCAUUGCACUAUAAACUAUCCACCAAUCACGGGGACCUUCUUAGUCACCGUUCCUCACCUUUGUUUGAUACUGGGCCAGUGGUGAGACAUAACCCCAGUUCUGCUGACAUUCGUUCUUCCCACAGAAUCCCAAGGAGAAAUGAAAAGCAAGCUGAAACACAGCAACCAUUAAGAUCUUCCACUACAGAAAGAUGAAACUUUAGGAAUUUUAUUUUUAAAGUGGGGAGUUAAUGAAAGUGGAAAAGUGGUCUCCUUGCUUUGUCCAAGAUGUCAUGAAAAAUCUUCAAACCUGAGACUCAUGUAAGUCAACAAAUGAAAAAGAGAGAAAAGUGCAGGUUCACUUUACAGUUGCCUCUAGCCAUUUCCUCUUUUCUUCCUCCAUCUCCUCCUCUCUUCCCAAAAUCUGGCUCUCCUGAAUAUUCAGAAAUUAUGUCAUCAAGAAAGCUGAUAGCUGAGACCUUGGUCAUUUUCCAUUUUCCAUUCCAUAUUAUUAUUAUUAUUAUUAUUAUUAUUAUUAUUAUUAUUAUUGACACAUGAUUAAUUAAAAGGGGAAGUGAUUGAAUUUUGCUUUGGGGUGGAGAAAGAAGCCAUUUGGAGAUACCAAAGUUUACACUUUUACAGAGUAUUUUUUACAGUGGAACAGUCCAUCUGAAUUGUAUGACUAAUUUAUCUCUGCAAAAAAAUAAUACAGAAUGAUUCAGAAGUGCAGCUGCCAUGUACAUAGUGUAUAUUAUUGAGAGAGAAACAGAAGAAGCAGUAUUGUUUUUAAGAGUUUUAUCCUUUGCUCAGCCACUUAUUCAUGGACUUGGCAUUUCAGGGUCAGCCUUAUUUACUUUCCAUGAAUAUAUUAAUCAGCCAAGGCCUGAAAAGAUGGAGAGAUGUGCACUCAAGCAUUAUUGUGUGGGUCUGGGCAUCUAUGAAAGCUUUCUAAAAUGUCCAGAUGAUCUCUUGUGUCACAUCAGAGCCAUUCUGAGGCAAUCUUUUUCAUGGGCACCAAGAUCAUGGGCACCAAGUGUAAGAAGAAAGAGAUAGUAAUUUAGAAGUCUUAGAAAAGCAGAAAGGUCAGGAAGGCCAAUAUGCUGUGGAAAUUAGGUCUCCAGGUCUUCAGUUCCUAACAGAUAUUGUUACACUGAGAACAAUUAUCCCAUUUGUGUAACUCUGUCUGAGGGCAUCUGGCUUGUUAGCUUUGAAAUGUAUUGCUUGGGGAAAAAAAUGGUCAAAAGGAAGCAUAGUAGGCAAGCUGAUAUCUCCCAGACAUUUUGGACUACAAAUCCCUUACUGUUAUAAAUGCUGCUUGAAGUUAAUGGGAAUGGCAGUCUAAACCAACUGAGGGAAAACAUCUAGAGAGGAUUUAUUUGCACCACUUAUGCAAUGUAAGUUGAGUAAUUGAAAUAUCCUGACAAGGAAAAUCAGUUCUCUGUGCCACUGAGGAAAAAGAAAUGCAGACAAACUCUUUGCCUAUAGUGAAUGAAGCUCUAUUGAUGUCUGGACUAGCAGUGCCUUCUUAUUUCGCCUGCACCUACCCAUGACCAUAGGUUAGCUAGAGACAUUGUGUGCGUGUGCCAUCAGCAACGUGCUUCAGUCCAGAGUGCCGACUAACUCCCCAAACUGGCCUAUGCAAUCAGCAUUGCAAAAAAAUUCGAUAGCAUCAACAGAAGCAAAGGAUCACUCACUGCAUCACCUUAUUCCAUUUUACAAAGAGACGGAUUCUAAACCAGGCUGGGCCAAGCCAUCGCAGAAACUGGGAAGCUGCAGCUGAAAGACAGCCCAAGAAGUCCCACGAAAUGGGUGAGCUGGAAGGGACCUUAGACGGAAAUGCAGGGCCAUUGUGCAAGGAUGCUAGCAACAUCCACUGUGUGAAAAGGAAGCAGAAGUCGCUAGCUGAGCAUUUGGUUCCAGGGAACGUAGAACCAAAUGGCACCUGGAUGGAUGAUGGAGAAGCUGAAAAAAGGUCUGAGACUGGUUGGGCAGGCAGGGAGAACUGGAGGAUCUCCUAUAGUGUCCUGAGCCUCCCAGCAGAAAGAUGGGGGUGCAAGAAUAAAUGAUGAAGACCACAGUGAUGUUGAUGUAGAUAUUCCUGCCAUUGCACAGGGGCUCUGGCUGAAUCCGUAAUGUCUCUAAGCAGCAGAAUUAGGAAAGACCUUUAUGAAAUAUUUAUGGGUGGACUUCAUUGUGUAGCUCAGGUUGCAUAAGGAACUGGGUAUGUCCAAGAACAAUUAUGCUUUUUUCUUGGAGGUUGGCCACAUGCAGCUCCCACUAUCUAGCUUUCUUUGGUUACCGUAAAUGAAGAGCAUCUUAUGAAAAUAAAAGAGCUUAUACACCGUUUGCCUGAUUGUCAUUUGUUUAGCCAAAGAACAUCCUCAGACUAGAACAGGCAUGGAUGUUGACACAUAAAUGAGGCAAGGGCUGAAAAUGAAAUUAUAUUUCUGUUGGCUCCAAGUUGAGAAAAAGCAUAUGCAGGUUUUGCCAACUGUCUUACUGUAUGUAUCCAAUGGAGAUCAGAUGCUUGCAAUUUAGGUCAUUAUGAAAUUUGUUGACCAUUGGUAGACCUCUUCCCUGCAGGGUUUUGCUGAAAAGUACUUGUACAUAGGAAUGAAAAGUAAAGCUAUUUAUUGAAACAUUGUCAUUGCUGUUUUCUGUGCUAGCAUUUUAUUUCUGAAUAUUUAGGCUAAAAUAGUGGGUUUGUUCCCUAUAAUGCAAACAGAGAAAAAGAAAUGUGAUACAGGGAGGUCUAGCAAAGGUGCAGUCUACAUACAUGUUUGUGUGCGUGCAAGAGCCUUACAGAUUUUGAGUAACAAAAAGUAGACAUAUAUGAACCAUGCGCUGAACGAUUAAGCCCUCCUAUUUAACUUGCCCUCUACUCCUUUGUCUUCCACCUGAAUGAAGGUGUGAUGUUCCAAAACUGGGGAGAAACCAAGACUGAAAUUUGUAGAUGCAUUUAAUAACAUCACCCUCCAUUUUUGCUCUACAGUUCAAGCACUGUGUUGAGAAUUCUAACAUUUCCCUGAAUAAAUGCAGAGAAGCUUGGCCAGGAUCAAAAGUCAUGGUGGUCAAGUCACUUCAUUCAUUCAUCUUUGUUUCAUCCUCACCUUUAGCACCUAAUUAUCUGUAGGGGCUAGGAGAGGGGGGAAACAAGCAAUUAGUCACUAAGGGAAAUUGGAGACUAAGUUGUAAUAAGGGAAGGAUGCAGAAAAGUAGUCAUUUGCUCCUUCCAGUGGCUGUGUUUGGAGCGUGAGCCUGGCAGUUAGAGGCUAAAACCAAUCCCCUUUAAUCCUUCUACUGAUCAGGCUUAGCUGUUUGCACAGCAUACUAUCUCUCCCAAACUCAUAAGACAGCCAGUGAAUUCUGAUUUGCAUUGGUAGCAUUGUCUACUAUAUCUGUAGCUAUUUAUUUUAAUCUAUUCUUCUUGGAAUCCAAAACCAA